UCACAUGUGGGUUUUCUUAUCUUUUCUUAUCACUAAAUUCCAGCUAAAUUCACUGAAUUUCUCUGAAAUUAUUUCCAAAUAUCUACAAAAUACUCAUUCCUUUACGGUUAAUACGUUGCGGAAUUAACAAGGAAACUUAAGACGGAGUGUCCUGGUACCAUUUCCGCUAAGUGUGCUUACUAUUUUAUUUAAAAUUCAGUGCUGUUUAGUCCCGGUGCGACUUCAAAUUAUAAUGCAUAAGAUAGUUCACUUGGAUUUGAAAGGUGCACCUUUGAAGCUGUCAUUUUUAGAACAGGUACUCAAAUAUAUCAAGAAAUGCGGUGCUACAGGCAUACUCAUAGAAUGGGAGGACUCUUUCCCCUACAGAGGAGAAAUAGUAGAUAUUGGUAGCAAUGCUGAUGCAAGCGGCGAUGGAAUGUAUUCUAUUGAAGAAGUGAUGUAUAUUUUUCAGUGUGCAAAGGAGAAUCAGCUUGAAGUGAUUCAAUUAGUUCAGACUAUAGGGCACAUGGAGUUUGUCCUCAAACACCCAGUGUUCAGGAAGUUACAAGAGAAGCCCAGGACACCGGCAGUGUUAUGUCCUUCACAACAGAACAGCCAGAGCUUGGUGCGUGCGAUGGUGCAACAGGUCUUAAAUGUUCAGCCUGACGCUAAAUACUUUCAUAUAGGGGCUGAUGAAGUGUGGCACACAGCAGUAUGCAUACAAUGCCAGUACAGGGCCGUAUCAAGUAAAUUCGGGAAAUUGUGCUUGUAUUUGGAGCACAUACGAGAUCUAGCCAUUUUCAUAAAGCAAUUGCGUCCGGAACUUACUAUUCUACUGUGGGACGAUAUGUUGCGGUCUACUCCUGCUGAAGUAUUGCAAUAUUACAAGUUAGGGGAGCUAGUGCGGCCCGUGGUGUGGGACUACAACAUAAAGCCUCACUUCCACAUUAACCCGCAGCUGUGGGAGAACUAUAAGACGCUAUUUCCCACCGUGUGGGCCGGCAGUGCAUUCAAAGGUGCUAAUGGCAGUUGUAAGGUCUACACGAAUGAGGAAAGGUACAUGAGCAAUCAGGAGGCGUGGAUAGAUGAAGUCAAGAAAAAUAGCCACAAGGUUGACUUUGUGGGUGUCAUACUGACGGGCUGGUCACGGUACGACCAUUUCGCGACGCUGUGUGAGCUGCUCGCGGUGUCUAUGGGCUGUUUGAGGGAGUGCUUGCGAUUGUGGAACAAGUUUUUGGACACCAACUAUAGUAAUGAAGUCAAUGAAGCGGACGUGACGCCGGGACAAGAGUUGGUGCAACACAUGCAGUGUUAUGAGAUGUUCAGGGAGCGCUCCGAGAAACUCAUACAAAGCGAUCUAUUGGCCACGUGGAUGAACCCGUGGCAAGUGGAGCACGGCUACACUUGCCCCGCGCAGCUCGAGAUCAUCGCCAACGAGUCUGUCAUGUUAAUAAGGCAGCUAACAGCGCUACGAGAGAUAUUCGUCCGCCAACUAGCGGCCAUCACCGGAAGCAGGAGCACGAAGGAAUGGCUCGGUACCUUCAUCACACCGUUACUGAACAAACUCACAGACAUACAAGACGUGGCGAUCACGCGGUACAACCUCGACGCCAGUGUGAGGCCCAUCUAAUAGGGUACAGUUACAAUAUAGGGUACAGUUACAUUGUUACGGUACAGUUACAUUAUAGGGUACAGUUACAUUAUAGGGUACAGUUACAUUGUUAGGGUACAGUUACAUUAUAGGGUACAGUUACAUUAUAGGGUACAGUUACAUUGUUAGGGUACAGUUACAUUAUAGGGUACAGUUACAUUAUAGGGUACAGUUACAUUGUUAGGGUACAGUUACAUUAUAGGGUACAGUUACAUUAUAGGGUACAGUUACAUUAUAGGGUACAGUUACAUUGUUAGGGUACAGUUACAUUAUAGGGUACAGUUACAUUAUAGGGUACAGUUACAUUGUUAGGGUACAGUUACAUUAUAGGGUACAGUUACAUUAUAGGGUACAGUUACAUUGUUAGGGUACAGUUACAUUAUAGGGUACAGUUACAUUAUAGGGUACAGUUACAUUAUAGGGUACAGUUACAUUGUUAGGGUACAGUUACAUUAUAGGGUACAGUUACAUUAUAGGGUACAGUUACAUUAUAGGGUACAGUUACAUUGUUAGGGUACAGAUACAUAAGUUGCGUGACUUUAUAAAUAGUUAGGUUAUUUAUAUUUUAGUAAACGAAACCUCACUUCAUUUAUAGACCUACAUAUUUUGAUAUUAUGUAAUAUCAGUAACUAUUUUAUAUCUGCCACAACCAAUAUACUCGUAGCUAUUUUAGUUCAUAAAAUCAUGUGAAAACUACCCAAAAAGAUAUAAAAUCAU